AUGAGGCUAUUACAUUUAUAUGAAGCGAGCUUGAAGAGAAGACCCAAAACCACGAACGCGAUAAUGACAGGUGCGUUAUUUGGGAUUGGUGAUGUGUCUGCUCAAUUGCUGUUCCCAACAUCCAAAAUAGACAAGGGCUAUGAUUAUAAAAGGACAGCUAGAGCUGUCGUUUAUGGUUCUUUGAUUUUUUCCUUUAUAGGAGACAAGUGGUACAAAAUCUUGAAUAACAGGAUCUAUAUGCGUAAUAAGCCCCAAUACCACUGGUCUAAUAUGGUUUUGCGGGUAGCUGUCGAUCAGUUGGCGUUCGCGCCGCUAGGUUUGCCAUUUUAUUUCACCUGUAUGUCCAUCAUGGAAGGUAGAUCGUUUGAUGUAGCCAAGUUGAAAAUUAAAGAACAAUGGUGGCCUACACUUUUGACUAAUUGGGCAGUUUGGCCAGUUUUCCAAGCGGUUAAUUUUUCUGUUGUUCCCUUACAACAUAGGUUACUAGCCGUUAAUGUUGUUGCGAUAUUCUGGAACACUUACUUAUCUUAUAAGAAUUCAAAGGUCACGGAGGAGUACAAGGUUCCUGUUCAUUAUCCUCCCGUGGUCGAAUAA